AUGCCGUUCACAGUACUCCUCGGCACGUCCGCUGAUCGACGCCUAUCCCAUCGCUCCUCCAAGUCUUCUCUGACGACCCCCUCGACCGACCCCCCCGAACCCCGUCUCGAAUACAUCCACGACGAGGCCCAGCUGCAGGACCCGCCCGAAGAAUGUCCCGAUCUCCGCGAGCUCAACAACAGCCUCGAGGCCCUGGCGGCCCUGUUUCCGAACGUCCAACCCGAGGUCUUCCGCGAGAUGCUGUCCAACUUUGACGGCGAAUCCAGACUCGCCGUCGUCGCCGAUGCGCUGCUGAAGAACCACGUCAACUGGGUCAAGGGCCGAUGGAGGACCAUCGAAGACAACGCCUCCAGCGAUGCCUCCAGCGAUGCCUCCAGCGAUGCCUCGCCAGCCGUUCCGACCGUCCCGCACAAGGACGCCUUCCGCAGCGACGAGUACAAAAAGGCCGUCCAAGCCCUGGCCUGGACCGAGUUCAAGGGCCUGACGCGCGCCGCCGUCAACGCCGUGCUCGCCGAGUUCAACUAUUCCUAUCUCGACGCACGCAAGACCCUGCUCGACCUGUCGGCCAAGUCCUGGCGCUUCACCAUCUCGUCCCUCUUCUCCCGCCGCAAGCCCGCCACCGCCGGCGACGCCGAAAACCACCCCCUCGUCAUCUGGCGAUCCACCGGCCAGGGCUCCAUCACGCCGACGCUGCGUGCCACCGGACAUGCCGAGCUCGACCGCGAGCUGUACGACGAGCUCAUCCGCCCCCUGAAAGACCGCGCCCGCGCGACCCAGCUCGACGAGGACCGCGGCCUGGCCCGGGUGCUGAACAGCGCCGAGGCCGAGGCCGUCGACGCCCUGCACGAGUGCUGCUGCUGCUUCACCGAGUCGACCUUUGAGGAGUUUACCCAGUGCAACGCCGACGCCCACAUGAUCUGCUUCCGCUGCGUGCAGCUGUCCCUGACCGAGGCCGUCUUCGGCCAGGGCUGGCACAGCAGCAUCGACACCCGCGCCGGCACCCUCCGGUGCCUGGCCGUCGACGGCCCCGGCUGCGGCGGCCACAUCCCCGCCCACCACCUCCACCGCGCCAUGCUCGAGGAGAAGAAGGGCGCCGAGAUCCUGCACAAGCUCGACCAGCGCCUCGCCGACCACAGCCUGCUCGCCUCGGGCCUGCCCCUCAUCCGCUGCCCCUUCUGCGACUACGCCGAGGUCGACGACAUCUACCUGCCCCAGCACGAGGACAGCCUGCGGCCCAAGGCCGACGGCGUCCUCAGCGCCGUCUUCCUGCUCCUCUGCGUCGGCUCCAUCCCCUUCCUCAUGCCGCUCGUGCUCCUGUCGUCGCUGCUCUGCCUCGCCAUGACCACGUCGCGCGCCUCGCUGGCGACGCACUGGUCGCGCGCCCUGCACCGCCGCCGCCGCCGCCGCCGCGGGCCCAAGUUCACCUGCCGUGCCCCGCGCUGCGGCCGCACCUCGUGCCUCGCCUGCGCCAAGCCCUGGGCCGACGUGCACGUCUGCAACGAGUCGUCCCUCGUCGCGCUGCGCACGCAGGUCGAGCAGGCCAUGAGCCUCGCCAUCAAGCGCGUGUGCCCGCGCUGCGCCACGUCCUUUGUCAAGAACUCGGGCUGCAACAAGCUCACGUGCCCCUGCGGCUACAAAAUGUGCUACGUCUGCCGCAAGGACAUUGGCGGGCCCGACGGCGCCGGCGAGGGCUACCGCCACUUCUGCGACCACUUCCGCCCCGACGGCGAUCCCCGCCCCUGCGACGAGUGCGACCGCUGCAACCUCUGGGAGAGCGAGGACACGGACGAGGUCCUGCGCCGCGCCCGCGACGAGGCCGAGCGCCGCUGGAAGGAGACCGAGGCCCGCGACCUCAGCGGCGCCGAGCGCGUCUUCCUCGACACGGGCUUCGCCGCCGCCGCCCCCGCCCGCGACGACCUCUCGGUCGAGCAGGUCCUGCGUGCCGGCCGCCUGCCGUCUGUGGCGCAGAUAUGCGACCUCGUCGUCGAGAAUCUGUUUGUGUGA